AUGUUGGGUUAUGAUUACUCAAUUCUUUAUAAGAAAGGAACUCAAAACACUGUUGCAGAUGCUUUGUCCAGGAUUCUUUAUGAGCAAGACCCUCAGAUUUUUCAAUGUGUGGGUGCUAUUAGUCUUUCUUGGUCCAAGCUAUGGGAUCAGAUUGUGGAUUCUUAUAGAGUUGAUGCUAAGAUCCAAAAAUUGAAUAGCCUUUCACAGGAUGUUAAAAAAUGGGUUCAUGAAUGUGUGACUUGUCAGAGAUGGAAUGUGGACAAUUCUACUUCUUUAGGGUUGUUACAGCCACUUCCUAUACCUGAUCAAGCUUGGUCAGCUAUUAGCAUGGAUUUUAUGGAGGGGUUACCUGUUUCAAAAGGGAAAUCUACAAUUUUGGUGGUAGUGGAUAUGCUUACAAAAUAUGGCCACUUUAUUGCAUUGGUCCACUCUUUUACUGCUAUUACAGUGGCACAUGAAUAUCUCAAUCAAAUUUACAAACUCCAUGGCUUACCAAAAUCAAUAGUUUCUAAUAGAGAUCAAGUGUUCUUUAGCAAUUUUUGGCAGGAGCUCUUUAGACAUUUAGGCACCAAACUCCCAUUGUCCACUGCCUAUCUCCCUCAAACAGAUAGAAUAAUGGUUGCCAUAGUGGAUCGAAUAAGGAAGGUACUCCACUUUCAUUUGAAGCGAACUCAUGAGAGGAUGAAGCAACUAGCCAAUAAGAGGAGAUCAAAUAGGGAGUUUGCAGUAGGUGAUUUAGUUUACCUGAAAAUUCAACCAUAUCGACAGCAUUCUUUGAGGAAAUUUCGAAACCAGAAGCUGUCACCUCGAUAUUUUGGUUACUUUCCAAUAGAAGCUAGGGUGGGGCUAGUUGCUUAUCGGUUGCAACUUCCACCAACUGCUUAUAUUCAGUCCACUUUUCAUGUUUCUCAGUUGAAGAAGCAUAUCAGAUCUAUAUUGAGCUCUCCAGUGUUGCCACCAGUGGGAUCUAAUGAUGCAGUUCUCAAAGAACCCAUCAAGGUGUUAGAUAGAUGCAUAGUCAAUAAGGGGAAUCAAGCAACUACUGAAGUCUUGAUUGAGUGGUUCUCAAAGAUGGGGAAUCAAGCAACUACUAAAGUCUUGAUUGAGUGGGCUAACACAUUUCCGAAAGAUGCUACUUGGGAGAACUUGAAGGAGAUCCAACAUAGGUUUCCUGCUUUUGAUCCUUGA